AGAAACAUGAGAAUAUUAUAAUUUGAGCGAGAGACCCAAAUUGUUAAUUCUACUCCAACUUAAGGUAAUCUGAGCGGAGUGUUUUUGAAUUCCCUCUCGUAUGUCUGUAAGUUUCUCUUCAUUGAUUUGAGUAUUGAGUGACGAACCAUUCCAUUAGUUAGGAAUUCAAAGUCGAUUGUUAAUGUUGAUAAUCCAAAAAUUGGGGUUCCCCCUUUUAUUAAGCUAAGCAACCAUGAAGAAUGAACUAGUUUGUAGCUUUAUGAGCAAAAUAACUGUUUUUGCUGCUGAUUACCAAGUAUUGGCAAAUGUACUCAAAUGUUGUGCUGCCAUAGCAGAUGGGAUGUUGGGGAAAGCUUUACAUACUUGUGUUAUUAAGUUAGGUCAUCAUUCUUGUCAAUUUAUGAUAAAAGCCUUGCUUAAUAUGUAUGCCAAAUCUAAACAUCUGGAGGAUUGUCAAAAGCUUCUCCAUACUACUAAAUAUACUGACAUAGUCAUGUGGAAUAUUCUCUUGUCUGGAUUUGCUUCUUCGCCAUUACAUCAAUCGGAGAUGGGGAGGGUGUUUAAUUUAAUGCAAAGAGAAUGUGAUCCUAAGCCAACUUCUGUUACUCUGGCUAUUAUGGUUCCUCGCUCUCCACAUUUGGGUGCUGGAAAAACUCUUCAUUGUUACGCGAUAAAGCAUGGGUUGGAUUGUCAAACGUUGGUAGCAAAUGCUUUUAUAUCCAUGUAUGCGAAAUCUGGGAAUAUUUUAGAUGCCGAUGCUACUUUUCGUGGAAUUUCUGAUAAAGAUGUUGUUUCAUGGAAUGCAAUGAUUGCAGGUUUGAUAGAGAAUAAGCUUACAGAUAGGGCGUUUGAAUUGUUCAGGUUGAUGUUGAGAGGUUCUGUCCUACCUAAUUAUGCAACUAUAGCUAAUAUUAUUCCUACCUGUCCUAGUUUAGGAGGGAUAGAUGGUUACCACUUGGGAAGGCAGAUGCAUUGUUAUGUUUUGCGACGGGUUGAGUUGUUGUCAGAAGCUACUGUCAUCAAUGCUCUUUUGAGCUGCUAUUUGAGGGUUGGAAAUUUUGAAGGAGCAGAGACUUUGUUCCGGAAUAUGGAAAAUAAAGAUCUGGUGUCGUGGAACUCAAUAAUUGCUGGAUAUGCAGCAAAUGGUCAAUGCUGGAAGACAAUAGAUUUUUUCCGUGAAUUCACUAAAGAGGAGAUGACUGGACCAGACUCUGUUACUCUUAUGAGCAUUCUUCCAGUAUGUCCACAGCUCAAUAAUGUGUUGAUCGGGAAGCAGAUCCAUGGGUAUGUAAUUCGUCAUAGUUUCCUCCAUCAGGAUAUAUCUGUGGUUAAUGCCCUUAUAAGCUUUUAUGCAAAAUGUGGAAACAUUAAAGAGGCAUAUCACAUAUUUUUGUUGACUUCUAAUAAGGACUUGAUAUCAUGGAACACUAUGCUUGAUGCCUUAGCAGAAAACCAACUUCACAAAGAAUUUAUUAUCUUGUUAAAGGAAAUGUUUAGAGAGGGGAUGAAAGCUGACUCCAUCACAUUAUUGGCUGUGGUGCGCUAUUUUGCUAACAUUUCCAGACUGGAUAAGAUUAAAGAAGCACAUGGUUUUUCAGUAAGAUAUGGUAUCUUGUUAAGUUAUACUGAACCUACUCUCGCUAAUGCCUUACUUGAUGCAUAUGCAAAGUGUUGCAAUUUAAUAUAUGCUAACAGAAUAUUUGAGAAUUUAUCAGGAAGCAAGAAUGUAAUCACAUGCAACUCAAUGAUCUCAGGGUUUGUGAAUUAUGGUCUACAUGAAGAUGCUCAUGGUAUAUUCAAGAGGAUGACCGAGAGAGAUCUUACCACUUGGAAUUUGAUGGUUAGAGCUUAUGCUGAAAAUGAUUGUCCUGAUCAAGCAGUGAGUCUGUUUACCGAGUUACUGCAUCACAAAAUGAGGCCUGAUACCAUGUCCAUUUUGAGCCUCCUUCCUGUUUGUGCUCAAAUGGCCUCAAGCAACUUGCUAAAGCAGUGCCAUGCAUAUGUGAUAAGGGCUUUUCUAGAUAAUGAUGUUUAUCUGGUUGGGGCUCUCAUAGAUGUUUAUUCUAAAUGUGCUACUCUAAAAUAUGCAUACAAGCUUUUCCAAUCAUCUCCAGUCAAAGAUCUUGUUAUGUUUACAGCAAUGGUUGGAGGGUAUGCUAUGCAUGGAAUGGGAGAAGAAGCACUUGGGAUAUUCUAUCAUAUGCUUGAGAUGGACUUUAAACCAGAUCAUGUUAUAAUAACUACAGUGCUAUCUGCUUGUAGUCAUGCUGGCCUUGUGGAUGAAGGGUUAAAGAUCUUUGAUUCAAUGGAAAAGGCGCAUCAAAUCAAGCCUAGCAUGGAGCAUUAUGCCUGUGUGGUGGAUCUACUUGCACGUGGAGGUAGAAUUAAAGAUGCGUUUUCCUUUGUGACCCAGAUGCCCUUUCAAGCUGAUGCUGAUAUAUGGGGAACGCUUCUGGGUGCCUGUAAAAUCCAUCAGGAGGUUGAUGUGGGCUGUGCUGCGGCUGAUCACCUUUUUCAAGUUAAUGCUAAUGAUAUCGGGAAUUAUAUAGUCAUGUCAAAUCUGUAUGCUGCAAAUGCUAGAUGGGAUGGCGUCUUAGAGAUAAGGAGGUCUAUGAAAAUGAGAGAUCUUAAGAAGCCAGUUGGUUGCAGUUGGAUUGAAGUGGAAAGGAAGAAAAGUGUAUUUGCCGCUAGUGACUAUUCUCACCAAUUGAGAGGACUCAUAUAUGAAACAUUAAGAGUCUUAGAUGAACAAAUCAAAGAAUUGUAUGAGUAUUGACUUACAGCCUCGUAAUAUUUUGCACAUGUGAAGUAACACUGUGUUACUGUGUCACUGCAUUAUGCAAGAAAGUGGUCCAUCUCUGUAACAACUUAAGCUUUUAAAUGGGAAGGUCAUCACUUGAAACAGUUGCAUAAUCAUAAUGGAGAAUGCAAAUGGCAGAAUGUAGAAUGUAUAAUGCAGAUAAGCUGAUAUGGGCAAGAUAUAAACUUCUAGGUUCUUUUUCUCUAGAGUCUAGGUCACUAGUAUACAUUUUGAAUGUUGGUCAAUGAGCAGUGUAGUGAGAAGAUGAUCCGUAUGUGAGGAAUUGUUUAUUAACUUCAUCUUGGCGGCUCUUAGUAGGACUACAUCACAUAUAUACCCAAUUGGGACAGUUUUGAAAUUUGUGUAAAGUGUAUUUUAAGCUUGUCUUUACUUGAAUCAAGUUCAUUAAGCAUGGUACUUUCUUGUU